CUGCUGUUGUUGUUCCUUUGUAGGCAAAACCUGGGCUGAAAUCCCUCCCUAGUGGCACCUCAGUCUCCUAAAUGACCCCUCCUCCCCUGGCCCCUGACUGGGGGGAGGGGGAUGUCCUGGCUGUUGGGCCCAGUCUCCAGCCACCAUCUCCACCCAAUCGAGUCAGGAAUAGAAACCACCGCCUCCGACAGCCCGCGGUCUCCCUCCCUCCCUCCCCCGGCAGCGAUCGAUGUGGCCUCCCCCGCGGGGGACAGAGGAAGACAGGGAAGGAGGGGCGGCGGGGCCUCCGGCAGCAGCGAGGUUCGGCGGCGCCGCUGGGACAGAGACGAUCCCGGCCUGGCCAGCGGCUCUCCAGCCACGGAGCCCUCGGGGACUGAAGCACCUGGUGGGCGCCCUGGAGGGGCCUUGACAGAUAAGAGACCCAAAGCCGAGAGCAGGAGGAGACUGGCCUGAGGACGCAGAAGUGACGGAGGCCAUGGUGAGCGAGUCCCCGGGGCCCGGUGCCCGCGUGCCCUGGCGGCGGAGCGACGAGGCGCUGCGCGUGAAUGUGGGCGGCGUGAGGCGGCGGCUGAGCGCACGCGCGCUGGCCCGCUUCCCGGGCACGCGGCUGGGCCGCCUGCAGGCCGCGGCGUCCGAGGAGCAGGCGCGGCGCCUGUGCGACGACUACGACGCGGCGGCGCGCGAGUUCUACUUCGACCGGCACCCGGGCUUCUUCCUGGGCCUGCUGCACUUCUACCGCACCGGCCGCCUGCACGUGCUCGACGAGCUGUGCGUCUUCGCCUUCGGCCAGGAGGCCGACUACUGGGGCCUGGGAGAGAGCGCGCUGGCCUCCUGCUGCCGCGCGCGCUACCUGGAGCGGCGCGUGGCGCGGCCGCGCGACUGGGACGAGGACAGCGACACGCCGAGCAGCGUGGACCCGUGCCCCGACGAGAUCUCCGACGUGCAGCGCGAGCUGGCGCGCUACGGGGCCGCGCGCUGCGGCCGCCUGCGCCGCCGCCUCUGGCUCACCAUGGAGAACCCCGGCUACUCGCUGCCCAGCAAGCUCUUCAGCUGCGUCUCCAUCGGCGUGGUGCUGGCCUCCAUCGCCGCCAUGUGCAUCCACAGCCUGCCCGAGUACCAGGCCCGCGAGGCGGCGGCCGCCGUGGCCGCGGUGGCCGCGGGUCGCGGCACGGAAGGCAUGCGCGACGACCCGGUGCUGCGGCACCUCGAGUACUUUUGCAUCGCCUGGUUCAGCUUCGAGGUGUCGUCGCGCCUCCUGCUGGCGCCCAGCACGCGCAACUUCUUCUGCCACCCCCUCAACCUCAUCGACAUCGUGUCGGUGCUGCCCUUCUACCUCACGCUGCUGGCCAGCGUGGCGCUCGGCGACCGGGGCGGCGCGGGCGGCGAGGACCUCGGUGACCUGGGCAAGGUGGUGCAGGUGUUCCGCCUCAUGCGCAUCUUCCGCGUGCUCAAGCUGGCGCGCCACUCCACCGGGCUGCGCUCGCUGGGUGCCACGCUCAAGCACAGCUACCGCGAGGUGGGCAUUUUACUGCUGUAUCUGGCCGUGGGCGUGUCCGUGUUCUCCGGUGUGGCCUACACAGCCGAGAAGGAGGAGGACGUGGGCUUUGACACCAUUCCCGCCUGCUGGUGGUGGGGCACGGUGAGCAUGACCACUGUGGGCUACGGGGAUGUGGUGCCCGUGACGGUGGCUGGCAAGCUGGCAGCCUCAGGCUGCAUCCUCGGGGGCAUCCUGGUGGUGGCGCUCCCCAUCACCAUCAUCUUCAAUAAGUUCUCUCACUUCUACCGGCGCCAGAAGGCUCUGGAGGCUGCUGUGCGCAACAGCGACCCCCGGGGGUUUGAGGAUUUGCUGAGCAGUGUGGAUGGGGUGUCGGAGGCGUCUCUGGAGACCUCCCGUGAGACCUCCCAGGAGGGAAGGUCUGCAGACCUGGAGGCCCAGGCCCCGAGUGCACCUGCAGACUCUCAGGUUUAUUAAAGCCAGGGCUCAGUGUCCUCCUUCCCACACCCCUACAGUCAGCUGAAACAGCAGAGAUCCUUCCCUGCUUACAUGGUUCAUGGUGGCCUCACUGCUCAGGAUCACUCCCCCAGCCCUGAGAAAUGGGGACUGGGUCCCUUCCUCUAAAGGCCCAGGUUAGGAUGGUGUCACCCUAGGUUCUGUGAGCCUGGAGAACAGCCCAGAGACUUUCGUAAACGAACCUCCAAGCUACUGUGAAGCAGGCAUGUGCUACAGAGAAAGUCAAAAGGAUGCUAACGGGUCAUGAACACUCCCUGCCUGUCAGCCCUAUCACACUCAGCCCUGUGUUGGAGGAUGAGAAUUGGCCCCAUUUCGCAGAUGAGGAAACUGAGGCUCAGAGAGGUGCAAUGACUCGCCCAAAUGUCUCCCAGUUAGAAGUCGUGGAGCCAAGUUGGGAAUCCAGACUCUUUGGUCGACCAAGCCAGUGUUCCUUCCAUGCUGUCUUUCUUCUGCCCUCCUAAAGUUUGCAUGUGGUUUUAGGGGGUUCAUGAAUCCUGAGAAGAUCCUCUAUCAGGGCUAGGGAAAGGCCCAGACAGAGGAUUCAGAUGUAGGAGUGCUGGACCUCAGCUGUGGUCCUUUUCCAUGAGAUUCUUUUUUUUUGUUGUUGUUAAUGUUUAUUUAUUUUCGAGACAAUGUGAGACACAGAAUACAAGCAGGGGAGGGGCAGACAGAAGGAGACACAGAAUCUGAAGCAGGCUCCAGUCUCUGAGCUGUCAGCCCAGAGCCCAACGCCGGGCUUGAACUCACGAACCGCGAGCUCAUGACCUGAGCUGAAGUUGGACGCUCAACCGACUGAGCCACUCGGGCGCCCCCUUUCCCAUGAGAUUCUAACGGCAGUUGGCUCUUGGUGAGGUUUGGGAGGAAGGAAGAAGAGCUGCCUUCCUAGCUGCUGUGUGAGCUUUGCUGAGCAAUAGUCUUACAGCUUCCCGCCAGGGCUGGCUUGAGAUACAGACCCUGGAGGGGCCCCUGCCUGUGGCCUGAGGUCUAGACCCAGCUCUGCUAGGACACAGUGUGGGAGCUGGACACCCCAUCUCCAGGUCCCAGCCCACCUGUCACAAGGUCGCAGUCUGUGCCCCGGAGGGAGAUGAAAGCCAAAUUCAGCAGGGAGUCACCGAUUUAAAGCCAGCUCAGCUCUGAGAGGUUGGUGGCAAGAAGCUGCUAUGCAUAGACACCUGUGACCCCCCCCUGCUGUCCCCAGUCUGACUGUGGCAGUUCCCUUCUUUGCACCACAUAGGCCUCCAACCCUUCCUUGAGUUACCGUCCAGGCAGACGCUUGAGACCUCUGCUCCUUUUGACCAGCUCCAGCCCUUCAUCCUUGCCGAGGACUUAUCCCUUCUACUCACCUGCUGAAUCCUUCCUACUUACUGAGACGUUGGGAGGGAAGGACUCCCGUAGCACCAUUUACAUACUGUUUCUAGGACACUCAUCACUGUACUGUCCUUGGCUGGCCACGGCUCUGUGCGCCGCCACCCCCCACAUGCUGCAUUUCAACACAGAAGACGUGUGGUGGAACCCAGGCUUGGUGGGGAGUAGGUGCUUAGUGACUACCUAAUGAAUACCUACUGAUGGAUCAGCCAGUUCGAACAGCACACUGUGUGUCAGGCGCCGGGAAGGAAGAGGAAAUGACCAGAGAGGCCUUGCCCUUGAAAGGGUAUGGACAGGACCGAACAGCAUGUCCUUUGGUCCUGCCCCCGGUUCCUCCUUACUUUACGAGGCUUUUACGGCCAUUUCUCUGUAGAUUCUUCACUCACACAUUCAACAAAUAUCAUUGGAAGACUCACAAGCCGGGGCUUCAUGUGUGGCCUGCAGAGGCGUUUUAUUUAGCUGAACAGUACAUUUAGUAUAUUUUUUUCAUUCAAAUGCCUUUGGGUGAGGCAUGUACUUUCCAGUUCCCCAUAGCGUCUCCCCCGAAACACACACACACACACACACACACACACUCUACUGUGGUAGUCCCGCUGCUUCUCAGAUUUACUUGCCACACCUGUCCUCUGAUUCAUUGACUGCUAGGUUCAAGAGAUAUAACAGGGAACCAAAUAUAUAUAUAUUCAAGAAGCUUACAGACUAGUGAGGGAGAUGGAUUUUAAUCCAGUAAUCACAGAGAUGUGUAACAGUGAACUGUAUACUGAGUCCAGGAACUCCAGGCACACAUGUAGCAGGGACCGUUAACGGGGGUCAGAGAAGACUUUCUUGAGGGUGACCAUACAAAUGAAUCGUUAAUUAGGCAGCGGGGGUUCCGGGAAGCAUUUCCAAGCACAGGACACAGCCACGGGCAGGCCUUGGGUAUGACGUGAUAGGUCCCCGCGUAUGGUUGGAAUCCGAGUCUCCAGCCUGAGCAGAGACUGGAGCGGCGCCCGACCCCCCGCGUCCAUACCAGCCCUCCCGCAGGCUCAGCCCCGUAUGCACCGCCCUUCCUGAACCGCUGAACAUGUCAAAGAGCCAGGUAGCUUCCAGACUUUCUCAUCCCACAGACAAGUCCGUAAAGCCGGUAUGGAGAAAGCUCCGGGGUGAACUGACCAGCCUGCAUCCCUCCCCAGGUGUGUGUCAUCCUGGCAGAAAAGCGACCACUCACUCUCACUCCCACUCCUGUGUGUCUGUGAAAACUAUUAUGCAAAUAAAGAGGCGGGGCACAGGGACCUGUUUCUGCCUGUACUGGA